AGUGCUCCUUGGCAUGGCAUCUCCUCUGCCCUGGCUGUGCAUCGUUCUAUGGCUAGAAAAUGCCCUGGGGAAACUUGAAGAUGAAGGCAACUUUUACUCGGAGAAUAUCAGUCGGAUCCUGGACAACUUGCUUGAAGGCUAUGACAAUCGGCUGCGGCCAGGAUUUGGAGGUGCUGUCACUGAAGUCAAAACAGACAUUUAUGUGACUAGUUUUGGGCCUGUGUCAGAUGUGGAGAUGGAGUAUACAAUGGACGUUUUCUUCCGCCAGACAUGGACUGAUGAGAGGUUGAAGUUUGGGGGGCCAGCUGAGAUUCUGAGUUUGAAUAACUUGAUGGUCAGUAAAAUCUGGACUCCUGACACUUUUUUCAGGAAUGGCAAAAAGUCCAUUGCGCACAACAUGACGACACCUAAUAAACUCUUCAGAAUCAUGCAGAAUGGAACCAUUCUAUACACCAUGAGGCUUACCAUCAAUGCUGACUGUCCCAUGAGGCUCGUUAACUUUCCUAUGGAUGGUCAUGCUUGUCCACUCAAGUUUGGAAGUUAUGCUUAUCCCAAAAGUGAAAUCAUAUAUACAUGGAAAAAAGGACCACUUUACUCAGUAGAAGUCCCGGAAGAAUCGUCAAGCCUCCUCCAGUAUGAUCUGAUUGGACAAACAGUAUCCAGUGAGACCAUUAAAUCAAAUACAGGUGAAUAUGUAAUAAUGACUGUUCAUUUCCACUUACAAAGGAAGAUGGGCUACUUUAUGAUACAGAUAUACACUCCGUGCAUUAUGACAGUCAUUCUCUCCCAGGUGUCUUUCUGGAUUAAUAAGGAGUCUGUGCCAGCAAGGACUGUCUUUGGGAUCACCACUGUUUUAACCAUGACUACCUUGAGCAUCAGUGCCCGGCACUCCUUGCCCAAAGUGUCAUAUGCAACUGCCAUGGAUUGGUUCAUAGCUGUUUGCUUUGCUUUCGUCUUCUCUGCUCUUAUCGAGUUCGCGGCUGUCAACUACUUCACCAAUCUCCAGACACAGAAGGCCAAAAGGAAGGCCCAGAUGGCAGCCUCCACUCCAGUGACCGUAUCAAAAGCUACUGAACCCUUGGACGCUGAGAUUGUUUUGCAUCCUGAUUCCAGAUAUCAUUUGAAGAAAAGAAUCACUUCUCUGACCUUGCCAAUAGUUCCAUCCACUGAGGCCAGUAAAGUCCUGACGAGAGCACCUAUCCUCCCGCCAACACCUGUCACACCCCCACCACUUUCACCAGCCUUUGGAGGCACCAGCAAAAUAGACCAGUAUUCUCGAAUUCUCUUCCCAGUUGCAUUUGCAGGAUUCAACCUUGUAUACUGGAUAGUUUAUCUUUCCAAAGAUACGAUGGAAGUGAGUAGCAGUGUUGGAUAGCUUGCAGCCAGGGCAACUUAUAUUCUAGAAAGUUUUAUUUUCUGCAUUUUUAAAAAUAGAAUUGAGGCUUGCGUAGAUGAUUUUCAGAAUAUGAAAUCAAAAUUGGAGACGUGUAGCACAUAGCUUUGAGUAAGCAUGUAUGGGCCCCCAAACAAUGAUGUUAUCUUCAACAUUGAGUGUUGAAGAUUGCUGAGAAAUAUGACUUUUCUGUACAUUAGGGAAAAAUUUUAUGCGGGUAAGAUGAGCUCAAGAUGAAUUGGCCAACCUUUGUUCUUCAUUGUUCGAUAUUUUUAAUUGUUGCUAUGACUAACAUUUACCACAAGGCAAA